UAAUCAGUUGGUGGCGGAAACUUCAUUUACUCGCAUAUAUUAUCCAGACAAGACAACCUUUUUUCCUUCAAGUUCAAUCUUUUUCAGACGUCAGCAAUUUGGAUCGGCUGCCCACUGUUCUACGUUUUUGAAUUUGAAUUUGGAAUUGGAUUUGCUUUUUCUUUUUUUAAUUUGCAUUUCCUUUCUUUUCAUUUCCCGGUUCUGGUGGUUUUUGUUGUUGUUUAAUUAACAAGUGUGAAGAUCAAGCCACCUACGAUCGUCGGCGACUUCUUCUCUGACGGCCUGUACGAUUUGCAUUUCCUCCUCUCAAUUUCCAUUACAGAUAGAUUGAUUUUUAUAUAUAGAGAGAGAGAGCCUCAGGGGUUCCUAGUAAAAAUGCCAGAGACCUCUGAGGAGUCUGGCAAAGAAGCUGCAAACUCUGAGCAUCACCGUGUGAAUUUAAGGGACAGUGAAUAUGUUAGGCUUGUUAUUUCCAAUGAGCCAGGAGUAGCUGAACCUGAAGACACCCACAUAUUGCAAACUGAAGCAAAUGCAAGGAUUAAAUCUUUAAUUUGGUGGAUCAAAGCUUUGGCACUAUGCAUUCUCCUGAUUAUACUUCUUCUUAUUUUAUUGAAAUGGGGAGUGCCAUUUCUUUUUGAGAAGGUUCUCUUGCCUAUCAUGCAAUGGGAAGCAACUGCCUUUGGCCGUCCAGUCCUUGCACUUGUGCUAGUUGCUUCUCUGGCCUUGUUCCCUGUGUUUUUAAUUCCUUCAGGACCUUCCAUGUGGUUGGCUGGGAUGAUUUUUGGAUAUGGUAUCGGGUUUGUCAUAAUUAUGGUUGGAACUACUAUUGGAAUGAUCUUACCCUAUUUGAUAGGGCUACUGUUUCGUGACCGCAUCCAUCAAUGGCUAAAAAGAUGGCCCCAGAAAGCUGCUAUGAUCAGGCUUGCUGGGGAAGGGAGUUGGUUCCAUCAAUUUCAAGUAGUUGCACUCUUUAGAGUUUCACCAUUUCCAUACACAAUUUUCAACUAUGCGAUUGUGAUAACAAGUAUGAAAUUUUGGCCAUAUUUAUGUGGUUCAGUUGCUGGAAUGGUGCCAGAAGCUUUUAUCUAUAUCUAUAGUGGUAGGUUAAUAAGGACAUUUGCUGAUGUGCAAUAUGGGAACUAUCACUUGACUACUUUGGAAAUCAUAUAUAAUGUCAUCUCCGGCAUUAUCGCUAUCAUUACCACAGUCGCUUUCACUGUUUACGCAAAAAGAGCUUUGCAAGAGCUUGAAAGGGCAGAGACUACUGAAGAAGUUCCUGCCUACAAUCCAGGCAGUUACGAGAUGGGAAAGCUCCCACUUGAAAGGAGUAAUCAUGUAGGUUUGUCAUCUUUCCCAUCAUAGUCUAGACACUUGGAGGGAGUUGUUAGUACCUGUAAAAAUAUUUGUCAUAUUAGAGGGGUUUUACUGUCCUUGAUUGUUUGUAGCAUACUUUUGUUUUCACCUUUUCAAUUUUACUUUAAACCCUUGAUCUUUGUAAUUACAAAAAUAGAAUACGUAAAAGAAAAUGAUUGAUUAUCUUAUAUAAAUUGUGAGCCUUUUGCUUCUAA